AUGAUUCAAGCUAUUUUGUUCGGAUUUCUGGGGCUAACGUCUUUGGCGCUCGCUGACCCUCCAUAUUAUGCUAAUUUGACUUGGGAACCAGCCCGUACACUUUCCAACUGGUCGAAUCUUACUGUAGAGACCCAGACAGGAACAUUUAUUGGCAUGCUCAAUGAUACCUAUCCUAAUGUCCGACAAUUCUUGCGUGUUCCGUUCGCUCAGCCUCCUCUUGGGGAUCUCAGAUGGCUUCCUCCACACAGCUUGCCACCAUCUUCGAGAAAGAUUGAUUCGACUCGAUAUGGCCCCGCUUGCCCACAGUAUGUUGCCACAGACGAUGGUAUGUGGUCUGAGUAUGAACCAACAAGCCUACUCCUUAACAUUGGAGAGAAAGACAACCAAGGAGCAGUUGCUUGGUCUUCUGCUGAGGACUGCCUUUCUCUGGCCGUUUGGACUCCUUCAUACGCUAGUAAGACAUCAAAGCUGCCUGUGGCUCUAUUUGUCACUGGUGGUGGUGGGGUGAGUGGUGGAAUUGAGAUUCCAUCCCAGUUACCGUCUAACUGGGUAUCACGUUCUCAAGAACACAUCGUGGUCACGAUAAACUACCGAUUGAAUAUUUUUGGAAACCCUAAAUCUAAAGCCUUGGACGAGACUUCCCUGAGUCUUCUGGAUGUACGAGCUGCAGUCGAAUGGGUCUCACAAAAUAUCAAGGCGUUUGGAGGCGAUACAGAGAAUAUCAUGCUCUGGGGACAAUCUCAAGGCGCUGCCCUGACCCAUUUAUACACUUUGGCCUUCCCCCAUGACCCCCUUGUCGCAAAAUUUGGCGUCAUCUCUCAACCACCCUCCGUGACGAUCAAUCUAACAGAGACGACUGAUGUUUAUCAAGAUUUCCAUAUCGUCGCCAAGGGACUCGGAUGCAAUUAUGGAGAUGAUUAUGAUGCCGAACUAGAAUGCAUGCGUCAAGUAUCCUGGGUCCAGAUCGAAGAAUACAUCAAUCGCUAUGACGGUAGUCCUUCGAUUGCUUUUACCAACUACAUUCCGGACGAGAAAUACAUUUUCUCAAACGAGACCGAGCGCUACCUGAGCGGCCAGGUUGCAAGGGGACCAGCAAUCCGAUCCGAUGCAUCAAGAGAGAUGGCCGCGACAAAUGAAACAGAAGUCAAUGAGUUUGAGGGUGAAUGGGUUUGUACCGCCUAUGAUGACAGCAUCUUACGGGCCAACCUAGGUCUCACAACUUAUCGAUACGAAUGGGCGGGCAAUUUCUCCGAUAUUAGCCCUGUCUACUAUCUUGGAGCGUUCCACUGGUCAGAUCUCUUGAUGAUUUUCGGAACUUAUAUGACGGAGAAAGGUGAGAUCACCGACCUUGAGGUUGCCACGUCAGAAACCAUGCAAGAUCAUCUUCUGGCUUUUCUGAAGGACCCGUGGACAGUGAGUUCCACCGUUGGCUGGCCAGCGUUUAACGCAUCGGCGCCACAUGGAGGUCUUAUCCUUGAAUUUGGAAACCAAACCACGGUCAAGAAUAUCACUGGUGAUUUUCUUGAGGCGGGUUGUUGGAAUUCGUCCAUACCAUUCCGAAUCUAUGAGCCCAGGAAUAAAGCACGCACGUGGGUAGCUUAG